AUGUCUUUUCCCACCGAUUCUAUGCAACCUACGGGCAACGUAAACCGGAAACCAUCGGUCACAUUUCAAGAACAAAAUCGCCCCUCUCGUCCUACCUCCCAUGAAGACCUUCGUGGAAAUAAGGGACAACAUUUUGGUUUUUCGCGGCAUCAUAGCUCGGAUAACUUAUCCCAAGAUGUUGAGUCAGGAAGAAGUGGCAUGGCUCGCAAGAAGUCUCUUGUUCGACCGGAGCGUGAGCGCAUUGACCCCAAUCACCGCCAAUGGUACUAUCGUAAUCAUGCUGCACAAAUGGACCAGAAUCGAAACUCUAAUGUUGUGUAUAUGCCUUCUUCGACUGGUUUCUUACCUCAGCAUGGAGCUCUGCCCUCCGGAUCAGGUAUGGCAGGCUUCAUGGGACCUGGUGGUGGUGUGAGUGGAUACGGUGUGACAGGUUCCAAGGCUCCGCCGCCAAUGAACUUUCAUCGUGGUACUUCACUUCGUCGGGGCAAGUCUAUUCUUGGACAGAAUGACGACAAGGUGGAAAGUGGUAUCCACUUCCUUCGUCGUGGCGUGAGUAUGCGCCGCGUUCCUCCUGGCAACCCAGACUUAGCUAAUGACAACGAUGACAAGCAACCUGAAACCAAGGCAGGCUCAUUCGACUGGAUUGCCCCAGGUCCUGUUGGCCCAUGGAUGAUAUAUUGUUGGUUUAUUACAUGCUGUAUCACAAGCUCCUGUUUGAACAUGGUAGGUAUCAAAACGCCUGAGCAGCAGCGAGCAUGGCGAGAAAAAAUGGGUCUUAUGGUGAUUAUCUUGUGCCUCAUGGCUAUUGUCGGUUAUAUUACUUUUGGUUUUACCGAGACAGUGUGUGGUAUUCAGAACCGUUACCUGCUAGAUGAAGUGUUCAAGAACAAGACGCAUUCAUCCUCUGCUCUGGUUGGUGGCAAGACCUUGAGUUUGGAUGACUGGACGCACAAGCCUUUUCCUGGUGACGACAAUCCAAAGUAUAUCAAUCUAACCACAAAUCCUAUUGCCUACACAUAUCUAUAUGGUGCUGAUCAUGGCGCAAAUCUCAAUUUGCUUUUUCAAAAGACCGGUGAUGCUUGCGAAGGUAUCUUGGAACCUGUACCCAACCAAAACCCUCCGCGCUAUUUCAAAUGUGCUAUUCUUCGUCGACGAUUUCCGUCUGGUUCACGCAUUUUCGAAGAUCCGGGUGCAUGUCAUACGGUCGAAACGCGAUCCAAAAUAAUGAGCAACAGCACCGAUAUACCUGUCCAUGGAACCGCCUUUGUGAGCUGGGAUCAGUUAAAGGAUUAUGACAAUUAUCUUUUCUACCGCAGCGCCGUCAUCGAUUUGAAUAUUUUGGAAUAUUCGGAUGCAAAGUUGACUCCGUUUAUGCAAGAGCUAAAGAACAACGACACGAAGAAAGAGUGGACAAAGAUGGAUGUGACUGCUAAAGCUAUGCGACGUGGCCUUACCAAGGAACUGGACUGCUUGAAACAGCUUGGUAGUAUUGCCAGUUUAGACGUGGAUUCUUACGGUUGUAUUGCCUCUAAAGUCGAAUUGGUCGUGUCCAUGAUUGUCAUUGUGGGUGUUGUCGGUAUCAAAUUCUUGUUCGCUCUGUUCUUUGCUUGGUGUCUGUCAUGGCGUAUUGGCAAUUAUGACAAAGAGUCCUAUGCUCAGCGCAUGAAGCGUAUGAAUGAUAUGGAGGAUUGGUCAGAAGAUAUCUACCGGCCAGCGCCUGCAGGUUAUCGACCGAAUGUGAAGAAGCCGUUUCUUCCUACAACAAGUCGAUUCAACCAAAUGUACCAAAAGCCACAAGCGAGGCCGACUACUAUGGAGCGAAAGAUCGCCGCAGCUCGCAUGGGCACUAAUUCUGUGGUCGGUUCACCUCCUCAUUCGCCCAUGCUGGCGACCGCGCGUAGCUCGACAUCUAUCACGCAACCCAUGUUGCCUUCUUCGCAGUCGAUCCACUCAUCGAAUUCAGGCUCAGAGUCGCCUUGGGGUCCAUGCCCAUUCCCUCUGUGGAAUGUUGUGCCGCAACCACCUGCAUCUUAUCAGCCUUUUAACUUCCCACUCGUGCACACGAUUUGUCUUGUCACUGCUUAUUCGGAAUCGAUUGAGGGUCUCCGUACUACGCUGGACAGUCUGUCUACGACGAACUAUCCGAACAGUCACAAGUUACUGCUUGUCAUUGCUGACGGUAUUGUCAAGGGUGCAGACUCGGAUGUCUCUACACCAGAUAUUUGUUUGUCGAUGAUGAAAGACUUGGUGGUGCCACCGGAAGAAGUGGAAGGUUAUUCAUAUGUGGCCAUCGCCGAUGGCUCCAAGCGACACAAUAUGGCCAAAGUAUAUGCCGGUUUCUACGACUAUGACGAUCAGACCGUGGAACGCUCGAAACAACAGCGUGUACCAAUGAUCUUGAUUGCCAAGUGUGGCAGUAUGCUUGAACUUGACAGCGCAAAACCCGGGAAUCGUGGUAAGCGUGACUCACAGGUGGUUUUGAUGGCAUUCAUGCAAAAGGUGCUUUUCGACGAGCGCAUGACGCAGUUCGAGUACGAGUUCUUCAACGCAAUUUGGCGGGUAACGGGUAUAACGCCAGAAAACUAUGAAAUUGUUCUCAUGGUGGAUGCAGACACCAAGGUGUUCCCUGACUCGCUGACGCGCAUGGUAGCGUCCAUGGUUCAAGACCCGGAAAUUAUGGGAUUGUGUGGCGAGACCAAGAUUGCAAACAAGGCGCAAACUUGGGUAACAAUGAUUCAGGUAUUUGAGUACUACAUCUCGCAUCACCAAACCAAGGGCUUCGAGUCUUGUUUCGGUGUCGUGACGUGUUUGCCAGGUUGCUUCAGUGCGUACCGUAUCAAAGCGCCGAAGGGUCCCAAGGGAUUCUACGUACCGAUUCUGGCCAACCCCGAUAUUGUGGAGCACUAUUCAGAGAAUGUGGUGGAUACGCUUCAUAAGAAAAACCUGCUUUUGCUUGGUGAAGAUCGAUACCUCACGACGCUCAUGUUGAAGACGUUCCCGAAGCGUAAGCUGAUGUUUGUCCCAUCUGCUGUAUGCAAGACGGUCGUGCCGGAUGCAUUCCGUGUGCUGCGCUCACAGCGUCGUCGCUGGAUUAACUCGACGGUCCACAACCUGUUUGAACUGAUUCAAGUGAAUGGUCUGUGUGGUACUUUCUGUUUCUCGAUGAGAUUUGUUGUGUUCAUGGACACUGUAGGUACCCUUGUCUUGCCUGCUGCUAUUGCAUUCACGGUUUACGUCGUCAUUACCGCUAUUCUCACGCCGAUUCAAAACCAGGGUAAGGACUCUGGUGAAAAGAAGGAGUUCCCCACGCUUCCUCUGGUUCUACUUGCUCUGAUUUUGGGUCUGCCGGGUGUUCUCAUCGUCGUAACGAGUCGAAGGUUUAUGUAUGUGAUUUGGAUGCUUAUCUAUCUUAUUUCACUGCCCAUUUGGAAUCUGGUCUUGCCUACGUACGCUUACUGGCACAUGGACGAUUUCUCAUGGGGUGCCACUCGUGUCGUUCAAGGUGAAAAGAAGGGCGAAUCGCAUGCCUCGGCUGAAGGCGAGUUUGACUCAUCCGAUAUUGUGAUGAAACGUUACGUUGAGUUUGAGCGCGAGCGUCGCUGGCGCGCUGGUAUUGAGUCGCGCGACGCACCAAGCGAUGCUGGUGGUAUGAGCACGAUGGGAUCAUACACGGACGAAAAGCCGCAGCCCACCCUGCCGGAUGAUCGCGUUGCUCGUGGCCGCCUUGACUCGGUGCCGCUCUUGGAGCUUCCAGCACCAUUAGGCACGGAUUCUCGUCAGCGUCCUGGUCCAUCCUCACCUCCAGGCGCUAUGGGAGCUUCUAGUGGGUCACGGUCUCCACCGCUAUCGCCUUCAGGACAGACAAACCCUUGGGCCUCUACCAGUGGGGUGGGUCCUGUGGUCCCAUCUUCGCCUCCUCCCCUUGGCGCACAAUCAUCCAACUCAGACGCAUCUGCCAUGGCGCGUCAGCAUUUGUUUGGUUCUAUGAGAGCUGGUGCACCCCGCCCCCCUGCGCUAGUGCGACCGCCUGGCACCCUGUCUCCUCCAUCGCGCCCAAUGGCUACGGCGCCCCCUGGGCCUGUAUCGCCACCUUCCUUCCGCGGCAAGGUGUCUUCUCCACCGCCUAUGUACACGGGUACUGGCCCUGGAUCCCCGCCUGUCCGGCCUCUCUCAAGCGGUCCAAAUCCAUGGGCAUCAGUGGCGUCGACAGCCGCUGGGUCCAGACCGCCUUUGCCAGGAUUCCACGGCUCGUCGACCGCACAGUCGCAGCAAACGCCGGCUGUCCGCGCUCCAUCUACAGUCGCUCAGGCACCGAAAGAUGUGCGUCGUGUGAGUCUUGUGGAUGAUGGUCCUGUGGCGCAGGCCGAUGGUGGCAUGCGCCAAGUUGUCCGUGGAGCUCGCCGCCAAACCUCAGUGAACAAUGGCGGAGCGGCCUCUCCUGCCUCGCCUUCUCUCAACGCAAGCAAUCCCUUCCAGCUUCCUAAAUGA